GGAGAACUUGGAAGAACCAAGGACACAGCCACGAUCUCAUAUGGUGUGCAUUCAAUUGCACAGCGUUAAGCAGUACUACUUAAAGCGCUGCUGUACCAGUACUUUCUAUAACUCGACACACUCUUGAAUUCUGUGUGCCGCAUCUCCAAUACCACCUUAUCAUCUUGUAAAAUCACAACCAUCAUAUCCCACGACUCUCGCAUCAAUGGGCGAUUCUGUCGUGAACAAGUGGUCUGCAGGAGUUGGUUAUGGUCCAGUUCUCUCGCAGACUGACCUUUAUCUGCUCAAUACCGACUUACAACUACACCCGAUCAUGGCUGGCGGCAGCCAUGGGUUCCACCUCAUGUUCAACCUCGUUACUGGUUCCACUGGUGGUUUCAAUCCCAAUGACCGAGAUCGCGAUAUCCCAUUUUCUGCCAAAGACGAGCCUGCAACCCUUCCCCGUGUUCAAGAUCUCAUUAUCAUUACCGAAUCCAGCCCGUGGUGCACGGUGGUGCACAAUGAACGCGGGGUAACGAUGGGGGAUGUCUGUAGCACGAUUUGGAAAGAGUACACGGAGAAUUAUGUGACGGAGGCAGAAUUCAACGUUCUCCCUCCAAGGUUGCAGGAACAGGUCAAGAGGGCCGCUUCUCAUAACAAUAGCUCUGGUGCAGCUUGGAACAUGUAUUACAAUACUCCUGCACCAAAUCGGUACAAGCGAGUCGAUUGGCUCCGAGACAAGUACUAUUUUGAUGGUCUGUCAAAGAAAGACAGCUAUUCGAUCCAACGCCUCGGUUUCAAGGCGCCCAACUAUCUUUGUACUGAAUCUCACCUCGUGAUGGCUCGUCACGCUUUCCACCAUGCGCUAUCAUAUACCAUGUAUCUAACCCUUGUCAUAUACAAGAAUCGUGGCAUUCAUUUCAUGAUCAAGUUGGAACUUAAUCCCCGAGAUGAUCGUCUUAAUCGGAUUUACGCUCACUUUGUGAUGAAAACUAGGAACAGAUACUGGGAAUACUGGUUCACGAACAGGAAGGACCCUAUACUGUAA